AGUGCGCUGGGAUAAGCAGUCCCGAAAGAUGGUGUCCGCGUCUCACUAGGCAAUGUUCAUGAACAAAUGACUGUAAAUAGAUAUGCUCUGGGUCUCCUCUUUUGCUGCUUUUAUGUCGUGUCGUAUUUCACCAACAAGUAUGUCCUUUCUGUCUUGAAAUUCACGUAUCCCACCCUGUUUCAGGGGUGGCAGACAUUUGUUGGGGGGCUGCUCUUGCUGGUCUCUGGGAGGCUGGGAUUGGUCGAGAUCAGUAGGUUUCCUAGAGCUGUUGUUCUCUCUUGGCUGCCUGGGUCCCUGCUGUUUGUGGGAAACAUCUAUGCUGGAUCCAGGGCACUGUCACGCUUGCCCAUCCCCAUGUUCUUCACGCUACACAAUGCCUCUGAAGUGGUGACCCAUGUGACCUCAAGGCUGACCCAAAAAGAGCAUGCAUCUUGGACAAAACUUCUCAGUGUUAGUCUGCUGCUGGUGUCGGCUGUCAGCCUUCCCCUGGUCGACCCACAGGUCAGUCUCAUAUCUGUGUUUCUGUGGAGCUUUAAGUUUGAUCCUGGUGGCUACUUUUGGGCUAUGAUCCACUGUUUGUGUGUUGGGGCAUACCGAGUAUUCCAGAAGCUUCCCAAAUAUAGCCAUCUAAGUGACCUUGAACAGCAGUGCAUCAACUACAUUUUCAGUGUUCUGCUGUUAGCCGUCGCUGCCCAUCCGACAGGUGACCUCUUUGGUGUCUUCGAGUUCCCCUUCCUGCAGUCUUACAGGUUCCACAGUGGCUGCUGUGCCAGUGCACUGCUAGGAUUCUUCCUGCUACUGACUGCAGUGAAGCUAAAGAAUGGCCUUCCCCUGGAGCACUGCGCGAGCUGGCUCUUCCUGGCCAAGAUCCUGGCCGCGUGCUUGUCUCCGUUUGUCUUUGACAUUGUUGUCAGCAAGUCUGCUCUCUGUUGCCUCCUGGUCAACUACGCCGGAGAGGGACUGCUGGUAUAUUCAGAGUAUAAUGUCGCCAGUCGAUGAGACUCCACAUAGUGGAGCUUAGAGAAAGGGAGGUAAACAUUAUUAUUAAGGGAAUUUAAACAAUGCACUACCACCCCCCGCCCCCCCCCUAGCUAUGUGCUGACUGAAAAGCAGAUAAUCCUCCAGUAAUGGCCACCUAAACAGGAAAAGAGGUUUUGGAAAGUUUCCAGGUUAGUCCAAAGGUGAUAUCCUCUUCGUAAUAGAGUGCUGUUAUCUUAAUGUUUCUCUAAAUAAGACAGAGGUGGGGGGAAUGAUCACCUCUGUGUUCAGCUCUUCAAUUAAAUAAGUGGUAGUGUGUCCCAUACAUAAUAUGAAUAUAGGUGAAUUCCUCUAAUUCAGUGUGUCAGAAGUGUACUCGGAGGUAGUACCGUAUUUUACUGGAGUGACAUCUGGUGUAACAAAAAAAUGUUCUUACAAUGUUUCAAUAACGUCAGCAUCCAGUGUGUCACUUUGCCUUAUUAGCAUAGGAACAUUGGAAAAAUGUUAUCUGUGGGGUUUUGUCUCCCAUGGAAGAACAUAGCUUUGCACAUUUAAACUUGAGAGAGUAAUUCUGUCUGUCCUAGAAGUGCUAUUGCUUCGGAGAAGCUUUACCAUCCAAGGGGGAGCCAUUUUGUAAUGUACAUUAUAUCUGCUCCGUGACUAUUUUAUAAAUAUGUGGUGCUUUUGAAAUUAACGGUGUUGGAAAAAUUUCUCCUGAACUUGAUCAUCCAGUUUGUUCCUUUAAGUCUUUGUUUGUCAUCAACAGAUGUUCAUCAUGUGGCCAUUUAAAAAAUCUUCCCCUUAAGUACUGUACUAAAAUUUAUUUUGCAAAUAAAUAAAAACAAAAAAA